AUGAGCUGGAAUACAAGCAAUGGAGUUAAUGGAACUCACAAGGGGUCUACCCCCCAGAAAGAAAAUUAUGUUCAAGUGCCUUCCUCAUCUCCUAUAGUCAUAAAGUCAUCUCAUGCCGAUAAUAAUCACAGGGCACAGCCGAGUUUCAAUAGCAAGAUAGACGAGCAAAAACAAAUGGAAAUUGAAAGGAAACGACAAAAGAUUCGUGAACACAAGGAUUUCCCACUUAUAAGGAAAAGAUUCUAUUACUUGAGUGAAAGUGACAUAUUCAAGGGAUUUGUUAAGGGUAAAGGAGUUUUACGAGAUGUCACCAGAUGGCUAGAGGACAAUCAUAGCUAUGGGGACUACUUAAAAAAGCAAAAGGCUGAAAGAGAACAGAGAUUAAGGCAGGAGGAACUCACGAAACAAAAACAGAGAGAAGAUCGAUUAAAACGGGAGUACGAAGCAGGCUUGAGAAAAAAGAGUGAACAAAAUGGUGAUGGUGAAAGUGCUCAUGCUCCUUAUGAUGAUGAGGAUGAUUCCCCUGUUAAGAUGAAAGGUAAAGCUAGGGUAAAAAUUCAUGAUGCAUCACCCAGUAAAGAGGAUCAGCUGUCUACAAAAGUUGAAGUCAAGAUGAAGCAAUCUUUAAUUGAUAAGUACAAGAACCCAGGUCCAAAGCAAACUACACUUGAAAGGUUCGGUAGGUUAGGAUCAUUGUCAAACACUGGUGCAAAGAAAAGAAAGUUGGUCAGGGGUACAUUAUUCGACAGGGAUAAUUCACCGGUCUCAGAUUCGGUUUCUCCCGUGCCCGCUCCAUCAUCGUUGAGUGCAAAGUUUAGCUUUGACAAUAAUAACAAUAACAGCACCACCAGCUUGACUAGCAGUGGAUCAUCUUCUCAAGUUGACGAAUUAGAAGAGCUGGAGAGAAGAAUUGCAGAAAAUCUUAAAUUAGCAAAACUACGGAAACAGCAAUUACUGAACCAUGCUCAUAAUGGCGGUAACAACAGACAGAAUGCGAUACAAAUUAGCGAUGACGAGGACAUCUUGGGCGAAGAUGACGAUGUUAGCGACUCUAUGUCGGAUGAAGAUCUCGAAAUGAAUAAUGAAGAAGGGCUCACUACAAUUGAUGGCAAAAUUCUCGAAUUCAUCAACAAUGCACCCAUUGAAGAUUUGAUUGAUAUAUCAAGUAUCGAGCCCGCAACUGCCGAACUCGUGAUUAGUUUACGUCCGUUCAAAACUAUUUAUGAUAUAUCUGAAAACGAUUUCUCUAAAGAGGAGGCAAAGAAAAAUAGUCGAAAAAAGAAGAUGGGAAUGAGAAUAGUUGAGCAAACAGAGCAAAGUCUAAAGGGCUACAAGGCAAUUGACUCUUUGAUCAAAAAGUGCGCGGAAUACGGUGACAUUAUAUCAUCCCAGAUGAAGGAAUGGGGCGUAUCACAAACGGGUGAAAAUGGGGAACUAGAUUUAGCCGAUUUGGAUCCUGUACAGGAUGAUGAAAUUGAAAAGAACGAAAAUGAAGACGAUGAUGAUGUAGUUGUGAUUAAAAAGAAAGGAUUGAAAUAUAUCAAGCACAAACCGGCUAUGCUAGCUGAUGACAUUACGUUAAACAACUACCAACAAGUGGGGCUCAAUUGGAUCAACUUGCUAUACCAUAAUAAGCUCUCUUGUAUCCUCGCCGAUGAGAUGGGGUUGGGAAAAACUUGUCAGGUGAUUGCAUUUAUGGCACAUUUAAAAGAAGUUAGUGAAAAGGGCCCCCAUUUAGUGGUGGUCCCUGCGUCCACUAUCGAAAACUGGAUUCGUGAGUUCAACAAAUUCUGUCCUGAUAUCAAAGUUCAAGCUUAUUACGGAUCGCAAAGGGAAAGAGAGGAAUUGAGAUAUGAGUUACAAGACGCUGAUUAUGACGUCUUGGUUACGACGUACUCAAUGGCUUGUGGAUCACCUCAUGAUGCCAAGUUUUUAAAGCAUCAGGAUUUCAAUGUUGUGGUUUAUGACGAAGGACACUUGUUGAAAAACUCUCAAUCAGAAAGGUAUGCCAAAUUGAUGAAACUCAAAGGUCAAUUUAGGUUGUUGUUGACCGGAACCCCGUUGCAAAACAAUUUGAAAGAAUUAGUGUCAUUAUUGUCGUUCAUUUUGCCCCAGGUGUUUAAUGAAAAAAGAGAAGAUCUUGUGGGUAUUUUUAGACAAAAGGCAAGCGGGGUUUCUGAAAAUGGAAAAUCUACAUCCAAAGAGUAUAACCCAUUGUUGUCCAUGCAGGCAAUUAAGAAUGCCAAGACAAUGAUGACACCAUUUGUGUUGCGUAGAAGGAAAGAUCAAGUGUUGCAACACUUGCCAGCUAAGUGCCAUGAAAUCGUGCAUUGUAAAUUAACUCCUAAUCAGGCCGAAUUGUAUAACAAGUUUCUCAAUGACGGCAGAAAAAUACGUGGCGAGAGAGAAAGGAGAAAGAAUUUACCUGCGGCGGAGGUUGUCAAGUUGAGCAAAUCAGACCCUAUUCCCACGUCAUCAAAUGUAUUGAUGCAAUUGCGGAAAGCGGCUUUGCAUCCAUUGUUAUUUCGGGUUAUAUAUGACGACGAAAAACUCAAGCUGAUGGCUAAGGCAAUAAUGAAUGAACAUGAGUAUGUGGAAGCUAAUGAAACUUACAUUUACGAGGACAUGACAGUAAUGUCCGAUUUCGAAUUGAACAAUUUGUGUGUCAAAUUUCCACGCACCUUAAGGAAAUGGCAGUUGGAUGACUCUUCAUUCUUGGAUAGUGGGAAAGUUGUUGAAUUGCAAAAAGUUCUUGAUUACAUUAUCAACACCAGAGGCGAAAAAGUAUUGAUCUUUUCCCUUUUCACACAGGUAUUGGACAUUUUGGAGAAAGUGCUUUCCGUUUUCAAAUAUAAGUUUGUUAGACUUGACGGUGGCACCAAGGUUGAAGAAAGACAAGAUACGAUUGAUAUGUAUUACGAGGAUGACACCAUCCCAAUCUUUUUACUUUCUACAAAAGCGGGUGGUUUUGGUAUCAAUUUAGUGGCUGCAAACAAUGUCAUAAUAUUCGAUCAGUCGUUUAACCCUCAUGAUGAUAAGCAAGCUGAGGAUCGAGCACAUAGAGUUGGUCAAACAAAAGAAGUAACGGUGUACAAAUUUAUUACUGAAAAAACCGUGGAAACAAAUAUCUUAAUGGUUGCGGAAAACAAGUUGCAGUUGGACUACAGUAUCUCAUCAAAUGAAGCUGCAGAUACUAGCAAGUUUGAAGAAAACGCAGCAUCCAUUUUUGAAAAGAUAUUGUUUGAGGGGAAAUAA